AUCUCAUUCUUAGUAACAUUUUGAGGGAAUAUCUUUCUAUUUCUCUAUCAUUAAAAAAUCAAAUCUCAAAAUUCCAGGUUCACCGAAUAGAAAAAUGGAAUCUCGAUUUGAAGACUUCUUGGGCAGUGGUGAUGUACUGCCCAUGGAACCCAAAUUACCUGAACUUAGUUUGAGGGAAUAUCGAAACGAAAAUCGGAUAGAGCCGCCACAAAAGGAUCUCAGGCUUCCGAAGCAAAAGGACAUCGUUGCGGCACUCAGCGAAUUUUGGCGUGAAUCUGAACACUGUGACUUCUUGGUUCGGAUCGGCGAAUAUAGAUUCCCCUGCCACCGACUGGUGCUAAUGGCCUAUAUCCAGAAGGUGCGCGAAAAUCCGGAUGUUUUGGAUCUGGAAUUGCCGGAGGACUUAGUGUCCCCGGGCAUAUUCGUUUCCCUAUAUCGCUGGAUGACCGACCACGAUAUUCUGAUAAAGCGCUCAGAGAUCAUACAGCUUUUGUCGGUGGCCACCUAUCUGAAAAUCGACGAGCUGCUCCACCAGAUCUGGACUUGCCUCGAGUCGGAUGAAUUCAGUGAGCAUCACGCCUAUCAAGUGGCCGCCGAGGUCCUGUGCUUCAAGACCUUGAAGCACUUACACUGUCCCAUGCUGCAGCGAAUCCAGGGCUACUUUCUCACAUUUGUAUCCUGCAAGGAGUUCCUGGAACUGUCACUCGAAAGCCUGUGUUUUAUUCUCUCCUCGAACGAAAUUGCCGUCAACAGCGAGACGGAGGUUUUUUACGCCGCCAUUCGAUGGCUGAAUCACAAUUGGCCGGAACGACUCAAGCACGUUGCGGAGGUCCUGGAAAAGGUGCGACUGCUUAGGGUGCCAAAAAAGUUGGUCAAGUUGUUGGAGUCGCCGAGGGGAGAGUACCAGGUGGAUCGGGUCACUCAGCUAGCAGAAGUGAGGAAGAGCCUGGAGGAGAUUAGUUUCGCUCAAAUUCUGAUGCAGCACAGUGAUGGAACGUCGUUGUUUGGCGAGAUUUAUGAGAUCUUUCAGGUGACCGUGCCCCAAGCCCGAAAGUUCAUAUGUCAUGACCUGUCACCGUACCAUCACCCCGAUCCGAACUUACCUGGCCGGGUGUUCAGCUACUCCGAGUUCCUUAAAUACCUGGCCCUGCUCCAGACCCUGCCGCCGGAUACUUUGCCGCAGCUGCUACGCAGAACUUGAUGAUGUGCCUGGAGGAUGAUGACAGCGAUCGUGGCAUGUGGCAGUUACAAAACACUCGCAUUACCCGGUCAGUUGUGCGUCGAGGUGUGACUGAAAACUUUCAGGAAUAACAUUUCAAAUAUAAUCUUGUUGUUUGUGUAGGUUUAGUUUAGUUCAUUUCUUAAAAAGAAAUAAAAUUAGUGUUUGGCAAACUAAA